CAGAGCCACCAAGUUUUUCACUCCAUAUUAGUUUUUUUCUCUCCUUUCUGCGUUUAAGCGUCUUAGCUUUACUUUCGACUGCUGUCAUGAAUGGGGCAGUGGUCAAAAAGACCCAGGACACGCUGGGAAAAGUGAUAAAGAAACCGCCUCUGACGGAGAAACUGCUCAGCAAGCCGCCGUUUCGAUACCUUCACGACAUCUUCAGUGAGGUAAUCAGGACCACUGGUUUUAUGAAAGGCCUGUAUGUUGAAAAUGAAAUGAAGUCUGAUAAUGUUAAGGAUAAGGACUCCAAGAUAGCCUUCCUCCAGAAAGCGAUAGAUGUCGUGAUGCUGGUGAGUGGUGAGCCCCUCGGGGCAAAGCCAGCACGCAUUGUGGCCGGCCAUGAGCCUGAGAAAACCAAUGAGCUGCUGCAGGCCAUCGCCAAGUGCUGCACCAGCAAGAUGUCCAGUGAUGAUGCAGUUAAACGAGUACUUGCAGGAGAAAAGGUGGAAAUUAAGACCAAGGCCAGCACCUCCAGGUCCCAGGACAAGGAGAAUAGGGAGGGACGUGAACGUCAUCAGGAUAGAGAGGAGAAGAAAAAGAUUACAGAGCGCAGCGGGAGCCGGGACCAGAAGGACCCAGACCAGCCCAAAGAGCAGGAGAGCCGACGCAGAGACGGGGAGAAAGACCACCACCGUGACAGGGAGCGGUCUGACAAGCACCGCCGCAGUGAACAGGACCAUCACGCUAAAGAGCGUGACAAAGACAAGAGCCGCGACAGGGAGCGAGACAAGGAUAAAGACAAAGGACGAGUCAAAGACAGAGAUAAGGAGAAGGACAGAGAGAGGGAUCGAGAAAGGGAUAAGGACAAGGAGAGAGACAAAGGAAAAGAAAGGACAAGAGAUAGGGAUUCUCAUGGAGACCGGGACCGAGACAAGGACAAAAGACGAGACAGAGAGCGGGAGAGAGAAAGAGAGAGACACAAAGAUGGGGAAGAGAGGAAAACAAGUGGAAACAGCAGCAAUAGCAAGGCCAGAGUGUCAGAAGAACCACAGCAAAAACCCAGCCCUGAGCCGAGCAAAACAGCCAAACCUGUGCCAGCGCCUGCAGAAGCAGUUGAGAACCAGCCUGAUAGUCCAGCUAGAAUACCUCGGCCUUCUUCUGCUAAAGGGCAGAGACGAAGACCCAAAAUCGGAGGUCAAGAUGAAUCUGACAGUGAAGGAGAUGGAGAUCCUCUGAGACCCGCCCCUCAGGAAAAUGGAGACACUGCAAGCUCCUCAUUACCAGCCGACAUGGCCUCCAGCAACAGGCGAUUAGCACGGCCCAGCAGCGCUCGCCCAGCACCUCCCCGAGUCAAGAAACAGGAAAGUUACUCUGAUAUGACCCCAGCUGAGAGGCUUUCCAGUGCCAAGCCCUCAGCACCAGUUAUCAUGGAUGGAAAGAGGCUGUCUGACGAUGAGGAGGAUGAAGAUGAGCAAUUUCUUGUGGAGGAGGCAGUCCCUGCACCUUCAGAUGCUCCUGAGAUGGAGGUGGGAACUGCACAAGAACUCGACAGUGAAGACAAACAUGGUGGCCUUGUGAAAAAGAUCCUUGAGACCAAGAAAGACUAUGAAUCGACCCCAUCCUCCCCCAAAUCUAAAGAACAGGUCGUGUCUGAAGCUGCACGGAAGAAAGAGCGGGACAUGGUGACCCGGGAGAUAGACCGGCUCCGCUCCUCCAUCCAGACGGUGUGCCGCAGCACCCUGCCUUUGGGUAAGAUCAUGGACUACAUACAGGAGGACAUGGACGCCAUGCAGGCUGAACUACACACCUGGCGGCGGGAGAACAAAGAGCACGCACAGGCCCUGCUGCAGGAGCAGAGAGCCACAGACAGGGCAGUGGAGCCUCUUAAGUCCGAACUAGCUGAGCUGGAGCAGCUGAUCAAGGACCAGCAGGACAAGAUUUGUGCUGUAAGAUCCAACAUACUGAAGAACGAAGAGAAGAUCCAGAAGAUGGUGACCGGAAUCAACUUCUCCUCCAGAACCUAAGGGAGGAAAAAAAAAAGGUCUACAAGCGUAAAACUUUUCCAAAAGAAUGCACUGAAGAUUUAUGGAUGAGUAGUGUCUCAUUCAGAAUAAAGGUUGGACCAUUUCUCUCAGAGAUUAUGUGGGAUGGGACCAAACACUGCACUUUUUGUCAGAGAAGGCGGACCCAAACCUGUCAGACACCAUCAGUCAGAUAUUAGUAGAUAAACGCUCCAUAUGGUGGAUUGGAAGACUGACUUACAUCUGGUAUGACUGACAGAUGAGUAAAUAAAAAUAUCUUCCUGCUCUGCACACUAACCUUACCCCAUGCGUUAAUGGUGCCUUUGUGGAAUGAGCCAGCGCACAGUUACUUUAAACUGGUUGUGUUUAAUUCUGAUUGAGUUCAUCAAAAUAUUCCAAAAUGUACAAUAAUUAACAUUAAGGUUUGAUUAGCUGGACACUCAGCAGUACCUGGACAAAAUCAAAUAUAUUUUUGUUUUUUUAAUUAACUUAGGGGGAAAAAAAGAGAAAAAAACAGUUAACUUUUAUGUAGUUUUUUUUCAUUGCUUCACUUUUUACUUUUCCUGGAUGUGAGGACUUAUAAGCAGGCUUGAUCUGGUUCAUUUGCUGUUUCCCACUACACUGCUAUUGGACUAACUGUACAACAGUGAUUAAAUAUCCUUGUAUCACAUUCAUCUGGUUGACCCUGAGAGGAAAGCUUUAAAAACAAAAGCUCUACAGCUCGUGUGGAGAAAACAAGGACUUAUGUGGGGAGUCUUGAUGGCCUAAUUGAUUGAAAUGCAAGUUACUUACAUGUGAAUUACAUGUGAUACUUUCUAUUUUCCUUCAAGCUUCCACUUUCAAGCUACCAUUCCUAAAAAAUAAUAAUAAUUUAGCCUGUUUUCAGUAACCUUUGUCUGCGCUUACAACAACAACCUUAUUCCAUCUUGUAUAAACCAAUACUCAGUUUAUCUAUUCCACUUUUAAUGCACUGUGGCACUUUGAUACUAGUGAUUAGGAGAGGUGUAGAAAAAGCUUUUUAGAAGCAGUGUUACAGUUCUUUCUUGUGUAUCUUUUAAUUAUCUUGUUAUACAUAACAUAGUCACACUCAUUUAUUGUACUUUCAGGGAAAUUUAAGCAUGUAUCUAUUCUCUCUGCAGUGAGCAAACAGGACUGUCACCACCCUGGAGAGCCCUCCACCCUAUUUGUACUGUAGGAUUUGCCAAACUGUUUCUUUUCUGGGAUUGAGACAAUGUUUGGUCAGAUGGCAACUUAUUUUGUGAACCUUCCAUUAAGUUAAAAAGAUAAGAGAAUACUAUUUUACUAGCUUCUUUUGUGACUUUAAGAAAUGUGCUUUACAGAUGUAGCUAAUAUGAAAAUAUGAAGCAAUACUAGGCUGAUAAUUGCAGCAGGAGAUUGGGUAAUAGAGAUGUGAGACUGAAAGUAAUAACCAUCUCAGUUUUCCUUAGAAUUCCACGAAUGGCAUUUCACUGUCGUCCAUGUGUGGAUGACUUACAAAGCAAAAUAAAAGCAGACUAGUCAUCCAUGACUCCAUGCACAGUGGCCUAUCUCACCCUGAAUGAAAUGCAGUUAACAUAUUUGAGUAAUAGUAGAAAUGUCAUUUUACAUUGCUAUUGCUUUACAUUGCUAUUAUUACUUGUACAAGUGCAGUUGCUACCUCUGUUAGUUUUACUGCAGAUUAAGGCUGCCAGUGUUUACACCUUAUCAAAAACAAAAAUACUUUAUGUUGAGGAAUCCAUCAUUUUGAAAUAUCGUUUCUGUAAUACCCAGAAGAGAAUGUGCUGACCAUAUAUACUGUAGCAAGACCCUCUGUUUUCUGCACAGACCUCCAAAGCAUCUGCCCAAACAGAUUUCUGCUUCCACUUCUUCGUAAGACCUAUAUGUCACCCACAGGAUAGGUGGCCCUACAUCUGUUUACAGCUAGUGGAGCUGUAAGUUGCCAUUGUGAAGAAAUGUUAAUGAGCGUCAUCACAUCUACAGAGAAAGGCAAAAUGACACUGAUAUAUUUUUUAAAAAACGACAUAACUUCAGUGGAAAAUAUUUAUAUUCAGCCUGGUCUCCUAAAAAUUUCGUUCCCAUACAACAAAACUGCACAGAAAUGUCAAAGGAAACAUUUUUCGCAGAGAUUACAUUUGUUUUUGAUGUAUCAUAAAUGCAUUCGUUAUCAAGUCAACAUGAGGAGGAGUUCAUGAACUUUCAAACCAAAAUUCAAAUUUAAAAGCUUUUUUUUUUUCAACCAGUUCCAUAACAAGCAUACUUAUCUCAACCCCAAAUUAUAAUGUUUUCCUUAAUCUAACCAAGAAGUUUUAUUUAAAUUCACAACAUAAACUAUGUUUAAUCUGGGAGGGAAAAUUAUGUUUCCUUCAUUUGUUUUUGAACAUAAUUUUAGUAGACAGGUUUGCUAUAUUGUUAUUAUUAUGCUAUUCAUUUGACAGAUCUUUGUAAGAGCUAUUCACUAUGAGGACUCAGCAAUUAAAAUGUACUCUCAUUUAGUCUAAUUUUACUCUAUUUUCAUAACAGUAUUAUAUUUAACCCAUCAAAUAUACUGCAACCUAUUGAAAAGUCAAAAUUCAGAAUCUCACCAACAAAACUUUUAUGUUUAUAUGUCAUAAUAAGAAAGGGCAAUUUACACUGUAAACUACUUGUAUCAUAUCCUCUGUUUCUCUUUAAACUGUACAUUAUGUAUAUGUGGAGAUUGUAUCAUAGUUCAAAUAAUUAUAAUUUUGUAGUGGAGUGAAAUAAAUGUUUUCAUUGCAAUAAA